AUGGUAUCGAAGACAGAAGUCCCCCAAGUUACCACGGAGCCGCCGUCGCAGGUCCUCUCGUUGGUGUCCGCCUUCCUCGACGAAUACGGCUUCGAGUCCACAAGUAAAGCUUUGAGGAAAGAGUUGAAGCGAAAGAACCAAACAGCCGACCUAGAUGGCCUACAAGAUGGAGUCAAUCUAGAGACUAUUGUCGAGAGCUGGAAAAGGCAAGAAGCGCAAGGAUCUACAUCUGAAGACGAGAGCUCGGAGGAGAGCGACGCUUCGUCGUCUGAUUCAGAAUCAGGGUCUAGCAGCGAUGCUAGCGAUCAGGGCUCCAGCAGCGAGAGUACAUCCGAGUCCGAGACGGACUCAGAAUCUAGAGAAGAAGCCAUCAAGACAAAGCCCGCAAAGUUGAAGAGAGCACAAUCCAACAAGCGAGAAGCGUCGCCUUCGUCAUCGUCCUCCUCUUCCUCCGAUAGCGAUGCUGAUGAUGAGCACGAAGAUGGUCGAAAAGUCAAGCCUGCGCGAAACAGGUCCCCAGCUGUCAUUAAGAAAACCGAACCUGUUCGCAAUCUGAAGCGAAAGGCAGCAUCUAGCUCCUCAGAGUCAGAGUCCUCUUCCUCCGUCGACCGCUCAGCCAAACGGACGAAGGUGGCCAAAAGCGGCGGAAGGUCCACUAGCGAUUCUGGAACCUCUUCUGCCAGUUCGGAGGAGGAGACGUCGGGUGACGCAGGCACAUCCUCGGACGAAGAGGAGCAGGGUGACGAUGAGGAGGCCAGCCCCACUCAGCCCCCGACUCUCGGGAAAUUGACGGCGGCAGCCGCUGAAGAUCCGUCAGAUUCCUCGUCCAACACUGUGAUGGGAGAUGUUAUUGACCGAUCAGAGGAAGAAUCGCAUCUAGCACACGGCAGGGGUGGGAAACAGAUCGUGACGAGAAAGACUCAUGUUGGCGCAAGACCAACUCGGUUGGCACAGCUCUCUGCCCAGUCGACUGUAGCUGACCAUAUCUCCAACGCCUACAAGAGCUACGAGUACGCUGAUCGAGCAUACAAUGACUUGUCCGUGACCCGAGGCAAAGGGUUCACAAAGGAGAAGAACAAGAAGAAGCGUGGCAGCUAUCGCGGCGGAGCGAUUGACAUUAGUGGUGGUAAAAGCUUCAAAUUCGAGGACUGA